AUGAGUACAUCUAUUGAAUGUUACUACGAUAUUGAAUCGCAAAAAGAAUUGGAGGUUUUUGAAGGAAUCGAAUGGUCAGUCCGAAAUGAGUAUGAAAGAAAGUUGGAAGAGGAAAUACAAAGCUAUAAAGAACAACACCAGGUGCUCUCGAAGCGCAUUGAACAGUUGGAAUCAGAGAAAAAAGAAUUGGCUGUGCAAAAAGGAGUCUCGAAUCCAGCUUCAUCUGACUCUAGCUCUUCUUUGGAGCAUUUUCAAAUGAAUGAAGAUAGAAAGAAGCUCGUUGAGGAAUUACGAUUAAUGCAAAAGAAUCAUGAAUCCGAUUUGAGAGCGAUCAUCACUCUCUCAGAACAUAUUGAUUCCUUGUCUGGAAAUCCAACAAAACACUCACUAUUGCCUGGAGAGAGUGAAAGAACAAAGCAUAAUGCGUUGCUGGUGUCAAUAUGA